AUGGCGCGCAGACCUGCUCGAUGCUACCGCUAUUGCAAGAACAAGCCAUAUCCCAAAUCACGUUUUAAUCGUGGUGUUCCAGAUGCUAAGAUUCGUAUCUUUGAUCUGGGCCGAAAGAAAGCUUCUGUGGACGACUUCCCAUGCGCCGUGCACUUGGUAUCCAAUGAAUACGAACAGCUGAGCUCCGAAGCUCUGGAAGCUGCACGUAUUUGUGCCAAUAAAUACCUUGUCAAAGUUGCGGGCAAAGAGUCCUUCCACAUGCGCGUCCGCGUUCACCCUUAUCAUGUAAUCCGAAUCAACAAAAUGCUGAGUGUCGCUGGUGCAGAUCGUCUACAAACUGGAAUGCGAGGCGCAUUCGGUAAACCAGCUGGCCUGGUGGCUCGUGUCAAAUUCUUCUUUCUGUACGAACUAUCGAUCGCCAUCGCGCGACUGCAGUGGAGGCACUACGUCGCUCGAUGUACAAGUUUCCUGGUCGGCAAAAGGUGGUUGUUAGCAAGAUGUGGGGGGUUCACUCCCUUGCCACGUGCUGAGUAUUUACGUCUGAAGGAAGAUGGCCUGGUGCGGAAUGAUGGUGCAUAUGUUCAGUUCAAUAGGCGGAAGGGAGAGGUGGUAGAGAACAUGAAGAACUUCCCACAGGCGUAUACUAGGACCACUGUGGAGGCUUUAUGA